UGGAAACCCAUCACUCUCCUCCACCACACUCCCAAUGCCCGCUCCCCACACCCCCCUCCAAUACCUCAUAAACACCUACUCAGGCCACCCCCUCCGACUCUUCACCGUCACCCUCCGCACAGUCCUCAGCCUCCACCUCUUCGUCACCCAUGGCUACGGAUACAGCACAACCUGGGGCGCCUCCAUGCUUCCCACCUUCGAAAUCCUCUUAGACGGCCUGCUCGUCUCAAAGUACUACCGUCGCGGGCGCGGGAUUCAAGUCGGGGACGUCAUCACCUUCGACAGCGUCGUAGAACCCGGUCAGAAAGUCAUCAAGCGAGUUCUGGGACUGGAGGGCGAUUAUGUGAUGAGGGAUACUCCGGGAAGUGGGAGUCUGGAAAUGUUACAGGUGGGUUGUUUUUAAACUCAUGGUUGAAGAAAAGAAGCUGAGUGACCCAGGUUCCGAAAGGUCAUUGUUGGGUGAUUGGAGAUAAUUUACCCCAUUCAAGAGACUCGAGACAUUUCGGACCCAUGCCAAUGGCGUUAAUCAGAGGAAAAGUUAUUGCCAAAAUUCAACCAUUCAGUGAAAGAAAAUGGGUCACGAAUGGAUUGACCCCCGUCGAUGAAGGGUAGAUGUAUUCUAUUAAAAGCCCGAAGAAAUAUUAAGACCAAGCUUCAACAAAGUCCCAAGUUUUGGUUUUUAGUGUUGG